AUGGAAUUUCCUGCCGUAUGUGUGCCUAUGUAUCUGUGCCAGAAUGAAUUGUCUGAAUAUGGCCCUGGCACCCCAAAUCCUAAGUCUGUUAAGGAGGUUCUUCAUGAGGAGUUGGAGAAGGUGGAAGUUGAUAAACCAAAUGUUGACAACAUAAAUUGGGUUUCAAAUCUCGAAGAGUCGCUCAACCUCAAAGGAAAGCCGCACCAUGCUGUUUUUAACCUUAUCCCCGAAGACAGGUGUGGAUACGUUUCUCGUGAUCUUCCGUUGGCAUGUGACCCUUCUGUGCAUGAUCUAGAUUUUAACAUAUAUGGUUGCCGUUCUUACCUUGUGAACAGUGAUGGACAUGAACUGGAACUGGAUUUCAAGAGAUAUUGGAAAGGGUUUCGUUCAUCUACUUCUGAAAAGGUACUUACAGACACAUUGUACAGUAGGUCUACAUGGAUGAUUGGCAUAGAUAUAUCAGAAGAAACUCCAGGUAUGACCUCUUUUCUGUGUUAA